GUUUUAUUAAAAUUCGAAAAUGAAACUGUAUUAGGCUAGACCUUCUGAAGACACCAAAAGAAAAGCCUUUGUAGAGAUACACAUUAGUUUCACAUUGUUGAUGUCAAUUAAUAAUUGUAUUAAAGCGUUUGUUUGUGGCACAAUGGCGGAAAUGAGAACACAGGGCUUGUUGCGUGUUGUUGUAAUCGAAUGUGGGCUAUACUGAUGAGAAUUUAGCAAUGCUGCAAAAUAGAUAAUCGAGUAUUAUACAAGGAAACAUUAUCGCCAUCUGAGUGCUAUAAGUUUUUUGUACAUAAAGAUAUCAUCUGUGGUUCAUCAGGCCAUUGUAAAUAUAUUUGUACACACAGUCUGCUAUUUGUCUAGGCAAUAUUUUGCAGCAUUUUAUGUGGUAACGACCAAUAUUUUGAAAAUAGGAGCUGUUAUCAAAUGAGCAAACGGAGACGUACCUCAUCCGUCCAAAGCCGAGGGCAGGACGACGAUGGGGAUCAAGAGCCAGCAUCUCACGAACCGCAUAGAAAACGGAAGAAAUUAGAUCCGGCGGAAAUAUGUCAUCAACUGUAUGACACAAUAAGGAAUCAUAAGAAGGAUGAUGGCACACUUUUGUGCGACGCAUUUAUUAGGGUUCCUAAAAGAAGACAGGAACCAGGUUAUUAUGAGGUUGUCACUAAUCCUAUUGACUUGCUGAAAGUUCAGCAGAAGCUAAAAACUGAUGAAUAUGAAGAUGUGGAUGAUUUAACGACAGACAUUCAGCUCAUGGUCAACAAUGCAAAGGCUUUCUAUAAGAGAAUGUCACAAGAAUAUCGUGAUGCCUGUGAUCUGUGGGAAUUAUUUAAUUCGACGAAAGCCAGCUUGAUGGAAGCAGAAUCAAAACACACUGAUGACUCGGACCGCAAAGGAAAAAUCAUUCUCAAAGUUGGUAAAAUAGGACGAAGAUCAGCUGCAGACUCCAAAAAGAGUGAGGUAGAUGAUGAUGAUAAUUCAAGCACGCAUGAUGACGAUAUAAAUGUGUAUGAAGAAUUAUUUACAACUGUAAUGACUGCAACAGAUGCAGAUAAUAGACCACUUCAUACGGUUUUCCAGUUGCUGCCAUCAAAAAAGCGUUAUCCAGAGUAUUACGAGGUCAUUGAAAAUCCAAUAGAUCUGAAAAUGAUUGCAACAAAAAUACAACAAAAUAAAUAUCAAACAUUGAAUGACCUAGAGAAGGAUUUGCUUUUGAUGACUCGCAAUGCUUGCCAAUUCAAUGAACCUGGAUCACAAAUUUAUAAGGAUGCAAAGGCAUUAAGGAAAAUAAUUUCCGCCAGGAAAACUGAGAUUGAACAUGGAAAGCUUGUUGGGGCAAAGGGUAGUGAAAGAACAAGGAGUAAGAGGCUCAGAGGGUCCCAGUCUUUAUCUGCCAUUACAGCUGCCUUAAGAGAUGAGGAGGAAGAAUCUGAAGAUGAAGGCCUUAUAGAAGAAGAUACUGCAGAGGACACUGACAAUCCUCGUUGGCAGUUGUAUGAGACCAUAAAGAACAAUACAAAUAACCAAGGCCACCUCUUAAGUGAACCAUUUUGGAAAUUACCAUCAAGAAGAUAUUAUCCAGACUACUAUAAGGAGAUAAAGAAUCCUAUAUCUCUUUCUCAGAUUCGAAAAAAGCUUCAGAGAGGUGAAUAUGGAACUGUUAGUGAAGUGGCUGGUGACAUGAAUAUCAUGUUUGAAAAUGCAAAGAAGUACAACAGGGCUGAUUCCCGUCUUUAUAAGGAUGCAGCAAAAUUACAAAAAAUAAUGCAAGCUAAAGUUCAAGAACUAUUGGAAUUCGACCAGGAUUCAGAAAGUGAAGAUGAUUCUGAUGAUAGAGGUUCAAGACGUAAAAGUACAAGAAAGUCUGCUUCCUCAACACCAAAGCCAACAAAGCUCCGAGAGGAUAUGCCAUUGAAGAAACGCUUACAUGCACUAUUUAAAUGCCUUAUUGACUAUGUACAUGAAGAUGGACGUCAGCCAGUUCUUAUGUUCAUGGAGAAACCAUCAAAGAAACUGUAUCCUGACUACUUUCAAGUAAUAGCAGAACCAAUAGAUAUGCUGACAAUUGAAGCAAAUAUAAAGAAUGAAAAAUACAAUUCAGAAGAGGAAAUUAUUGCAGAUUUCAAACUUAUGUUUAACAAUUGUCGUCAAUACAAUGAAGAAGGCUCAAUGAUAUAUGAGGAUGCAAAUAAACUAGAAGAAGUUCUGAUGGAAAAGGUGAAGGAACUAGGAGCCUUACAAGAGAGUGUAAAGAAGACACCUAGAGUGACAAAACCCAGGAAGGUCAGCAAUGCAACAGCAUUAUCACAAAAAUUACGUAUGUUUUAUGAUGCCAUCAGAGACUACAAAGAUCCUAAGAACAGACAGCUGAGUUUAAUCUUCCAGAAAUUACCCUCAAAGACUGAGUACCCAGAUUAUUAUGAGGUAAUCAAGAAUCCAAUGGAUCUGGAAAAAAUUGCUCAAAAACUUAAAACCAAUCAGUAUGAAAGUAUUGAGGCAAUGUCAAGUGAUUUUGUUUUGAUGUUCGACAAUGCUUGCAAGUACAACGAACCUGACUCUCAGAUAUACAAGGAUGCACUGAUGCUUCAGCGGGUUGCAUUGCAGACAAAGAGCCAGCUAAGGGAGGAUGAAGAUGCUGUUCCUGAUGUUGCUGCAGCAGUCCAGGAACUUCUCACUUCACUGUUUAUCUCAGUUUACAAUCAUCAGGAUGAAGAAGGUCGUUGCUUCUCAGACUCUAUGGCUGAAUUGCCUGAACAUGAUGAAGUGGAUGGCACUAAGGUUCGAGCAUUGUCCUUGGACUUAGUUAAGCGAAGACUUGAUAAGGGACUGUACAGAAGACUGGAUGUUUUUCAAGAGGAUGUGUUUGCCUGCAUGGAGCGUGCACGUCGUUUAUCUCGCACAGAUUCACAGGUGUUUGAAGAUUCUAUAGAGCUACAAUCUUACUUCAUCAGGCAGAGAGAUGAACUUUGUCGUGGAGGUGACCUACUGCAUUCUCCAGCCCUCAAUUACAGUUUACUUCAUCUGGCAGCUGAUGUUGAAACUGUGCGCCAACAGAAGCUGCAGCAGGAGCAGCCAGAGGAUGAAACAGAAACACGAAGCUCGGAGGACUCCAUGAGGGUAAAGGACUCAGAAACACACACGGACACAGGUGGAAAUGCAACACAAGGAGAUUCACUCAGCUUCAAUCAGCAAAUUUACCAUGUUGGGGACUUUGUUUAUGCGGAACCAAAAGAACGUGGUAUGGAACCAAGUAUCAUCCAUGUGGAAAGGCUAUGGACCAAUCAGGAAGGAUGUCAAAUGAUGUAUGGAAAUGUAUUCUUCCGCCCAAAUGAAACAUAUCAUGUCACUACUCGAAAAUUCCUAGAAAAGGAGGUGUUUAAAAGUGAUAUACACUUUGCAACACCACUCAGUCAGAUUCUUGGCAGAUGUUGUGUUCUAAGUGUGAAAGAUUACUUCCGCUUCAGGCCAGAUGGCUUUCUUGAUAAGGAUGUAUAUGUUUGUGAAUCAAGAUAUUCAACUAGAGCAAGAGCAUUCAAGAAAAUAAAGGUGUGGCCUUUUACAGUACCGCCUCACGUAACAUUAGUGCAAAGAGAUGAAGUCCUGGAGGCAAAGAGGAGCAUGUCAGUUUUCCGUGAACGAGUAGAGAAACAUAAAGAAGAAAUAGCUGAGUUAGAGGAGAGAGAGAAGCUCGUUGAGAAAGAAAAACCUAAUAUAGAAGUAUUCAACCCCCAGGGGCAUGAAGGCCAUACAUAUUAUGAACAGUUUAACACACCAGCAGCUUUGCUAAGGACUGGUGAUUGUGUGUAUGUGCGCUCGGACAAUGGGAAACAGUUAAUACAGCAGAUUGAUUCAAUGUGGAUGAACAAACAAGGUGCUUGUUUUUUUCGUGGUCCGUUCAUGGUUUCACCUGUUGAUAUUCCACAGACUCCACAGAAACUUUUUUAUAAACAAGAAGUGUUUCUGAGCAAUGUAGAAGAAACAAAUCCUGUUGAAUUUGUUGUUGGCAGGUGUGCUGUUUUAGAACAUGCAGAAUAUAUAUCGUGUCGCCCAACAGAGAUACCAGAACAAGAUGUGUACGUCUGUGAAUCUGUAUAUGAUGAAUCUCGCCGCCAGAUUAAAAAAUUACCUAGAGAAGGACUUAAAAAAUAUGCUCAUAGUAAUGCUGUAAUAGAAGAUGAAAUAUACUUCUUCCGUAGGCUCAUCAAUCCUCCAAAGAUUGGCAGUGAAAGUGCACAGAACACUGAGGGAAUUAAAUUUGAGACGGACCAAUCGCCAUUGCUGCCCAAGAUUGCAGGUGACCCUGAGGUGAUGACAGAGGACUCUUUAGAUGGUGGUCCACCGUCCGUAGGCUCUGGAGAUACAACCACACCCUCUGCAACACCAGUUGCCAAGAAGAAAUCCCAGGGUAAGAAGCUGGUGACUGGUUACAUCCUUUAUUCGGGAGAUGUUCGGCGAGCAGUCCAGGCAAAUCAUCCUGAUUCAAGUUUUGGUGAGAUCAGCCGAAUAGUUGGAAAUGAGUGGCGUAAUCUUCCAGCCCAGGAGAAGCAGGUGUGGGAAGAAAGAGCUGCAAAAGUUAAUGAAGAAACUGCAGCAAAGUUAGAAAGUGAAAAUUGCCCUUCACCAACUCCAGCAGGAACAGGAAACAGUGGAAAUGCAGGACCAGAUACUAUCUAUGAAUGCUUGUGGGAUAACUGUGACUGGCAGUUUGAGGAUCAGACAGACUGUAUUGACCAUUGUGUUAAUGAGAGUUCAGGUCAUGUGCAGGCCCAUUUUGCUUCUGCACCACAAGAUACCGAAUAUCAGUGUCAGUGGCGAGGUUGUGUGAGAUUAAGGAAAGGAAUGCCUCCAUUUCCAAGUGUUUUGCGCUUGGCAAGGCAUGUGAAAGAGAUUCACUUGCUCAAAGGAAAUGGCCGCGCUGUUCCUCUUCAAGAACGUAGCAAGAACUUUGUGCCGUCGAGGAGGCCUGUGAUGACUCCCAGCCGACCUCCAGCUCCUGUCACUCCACAAGCUCCCCUGCAUGGCAUCUUGGUUAAUCAGUCUCAGACUGCACAUCAGAAUUAUUCAAGGGAAACACCAUCACCACAUACACAGCCUUCAGUAGGUGGACAGUCUGUCUCAUCAGUAGGCACUAUCCAGAAACCAGUGGAACCAAUAUUUGUACCUGUUCCACCCCGUCCUCAAAGGCUUCUACAUUCAGAGGCAUACAUCAAGUAUAUAGAAGGACUGAAUGUGGAUAAUAAAUAUAUUAGCAACUGGAACAAACAGUUGGAUUCUACACCAGAAAACACAAGUGUUCAAGAUCCCAAUAGGUUACCUGUGCACUGGUUGGGUAAUGGUGUUGGCAACCAUGGAAAUGUUAUCAAUGCACUGUGGACGCUGAGGGAUUUUAUGUUACGUGAUGCUCUUGGCAUUAGCAAAGUGAUCUGAGUAUAGUUUGUCUUCAUAAAUAAGUCAGAAUUUGGCUCAGUAUCAUAUACUGUUUUAAAUGUCUGUAGUCUAUAUAUUUUUGAAUAUUUUUUAUUCAAAUUUUAAAACUGUGGUAUGAUGUUAAUUAAUUCAUUGAUGAAUGGUCUUGAGUAUUUAAGAAUUUUGUGAGUGUUUGUCUUCAUAGCAUAUUAAGUAUAUGUGUGACCAACUACAAUCAUUUCCAGUAUGUGAAAAAUCAUCUUCAUAUUUGUUUUAUAUAAAAGUUUUGUACAUUGUUCCUCAAAGUUUGUGAGUCAACUGUGCCUCAUCACUAAAUAAAACAUUGUUUAUAUGGUA